AUAAAACCAGCAGCGGAAACUCUGCUUCGAUACCCAUCUACUUCUUGCUCUCUCUUCUUCGUUCUCGAUCGCUUAUCACCAUUUGCGCAGUCAUGGCACCCAUCAAAGUCCACGGAAUCGCUCUCUCAACAGCAACACAGCGGGUUCUAGCUACCCUUUACGAGAAAGAGCUUGAAUUUGAGCUUGUUCCUGUAGACAUGAAAGCUGGUGAACAUAAAAAAGAACCUUUCCUGUCCCUCAAUCCGUUCGGUCAAAUUCCAGCUUUUGAAGAUGGAGAUUUGAAGCUCUUUGAAUCCAGGGCAAUUACUAAGUACAUCGCCCACCAGUAUGCCGACAAGGGGACCGAUCUGGCAUGCGGAGACACUAAGCAGAAAGCAACCAUAGGGGUGGCGAUUGAGGUGGAGGCGCACCAAUUCGACCCGCCAGCUUCAAAGCUUACCUGGGAGUUGGCAUUAAAGCCAGUUUUUGGGAUGGUUACGGACAAGGCAGUUGUGGAGGAGAACGAAGAUAAGCUGGCUAAGGUCCUUGAUAUCUAUGAGGGUCGGCUGGCUCACUCAAAAUACUUGACAUGUGACUGCUUCACCUUGGCAGAUCUUCACCACCUGCCUGUCGUACAAUAUUUGUUGGGCACAGAAGCCAAAAAGCUCUUUGAAUCACGCCCACAUGUCAGUGCCUGGGUAGCUGAUAUCACAGCAAGGCCAGCUUGGUGCAAGGUUCUUGCCCUGCAGAAGCACUAAGGAGUAGUAGCCGCUGCCAGCCGGCUUCUCUAUGGUCAUUUGCGUUCAAUAAGCAUGAGUUUUUUUUUUUCCUAAUCAAAAAAAAAAAAGAAAAAAGAAAAAAGAAAUAAGCAUGAGUUUUAUUCUCAUCUAGUUUGAGUCCUAGUGUUAUAGUAUCCUGAGUCCAGUGAGAGGCUAGGUCUGAGAUUUUACGGUUUCUUUAAUGAGUUGUCUUGCCUUCAAUCUUCGAGUUGAAGGCAUCAAGUUUAUGAACUAUUCCAUAAUUCUAAAUGAUUACUGAUCUACUUGGAAA